AUGACAUUUAGGGUUAAUGUUCCUUUUACAAAGGGAACUGAUGAUCUUUCCGGUUUUCCAGUUGAAAUCCAGACAGCAUUGUCUUCGUUGAGUCUGCUAGAUAAUAUAUCAAAUCAAUUAUUGGUAAUGUUAUUAUCAGAUACGUUCACUCCAGAUAUGUAUUCCAUACUUUCAGAGCCAAACACAUUUUUAGAUACACCAUCGAUAAAGACAUUUCAUAAAUUGUUAAAAUUAUUCAAGUAUCUGUUAGAGUUUUAUAAUGUUGAUUUUUUACUAAACGUAUGUGAUUUAGUUCCAGGUAUGUGGUAUCCUGAUUCACCUGUGCUGAAUAUAAUGAAAAAAUAUGAAUCCUAUAUUAUCUCUACUGUUAGAAAAACGAAUUUAACAGUUUACCUUUUAUCUUAUAUUGGUUGCAUUCAUGCACCUCUAAAUCAGCUACAAGAAAAGUUUUUUGAUAUUUUUCUACCAAAUACAAUGUUUUCGAAUUCUUUGUUAAAUACAAAUGAACAAUUGCUGAGAUCUCAAUGGUUACUUUACUUAGAUAUGAAGACUCAGGUUUAUAUAAAUAGUCUGAAAACUUUGAAAAGAUCUGAUACUUACAAGGAAAAUAAUGAUUUGAUAGAAAACAAUGAUAGACAUAAUUUAUUAAACUCAAUUUUUUCCAAAGCUUUUGCUAAUGAAUUGGUUUUAAGAAGAACACGUACUACAGCAGACCAAACUUUGAUAACACGCUAUGAAACAGAAUUUGCCCAAAGGCAUAAUACAAGAAAAGAAGAUUUAUACACAUAUACAAGUUUACUGAAAUUAAAACAAGAUCACAGCGAAGAAUCAUUUAUAAGAAGUGUAUUUGAUUACGCAAGCAAAAACAUGUCAUUAAUAAUAUGGGGUACUAAACAUCGUAAUAGUAAAUCACCUUUGUAUACGGCAGAAUCCAGAGAUUUUGAACCACAGAUUUUAUUUGCAACUGACGCUAAACUAUUGUUUGAUGUUUUACUCGCUGUUAAUAAUUCGCAUCCACGAUACGUUACUCCCGAUUUAGAUAACCAUGUCUAUGACUCUGAUUUAGUUAUUGAUACUUUUCAUCAAAAUACCAGGAGACAUCGCCCAAAUAAUAAUGUGCUUGAACAUUCAUUAUCUGUAGGCACUUCAAAAGAUAUUGCAGACGCUGCAUUAAAUGUAAAUAACAGUUCGACCACAAGGAAAAAUAGAACAAAACGGACUUGGUCUAAAAUGGAAGAAGAUGCAUUGAUAGAAGGUUUGAAAUCAUUUGGUCCCUCAUGGUCAAAAAUUUUGAAUUUAUAUGGUGCUGGUGGGAAAUAUACUGAAAUUUUGAAAAAUAGAACUCAGGUCCAAUUAAAGGAUAAAGCUAGAAACUGGAAACUACAAUGUUUAAAAAAUGGUACUCCACUACCAAGUUAUCUACUAAGGGUUACUGGCAGUAUUGAAAGAGCUACAAAAUCACACCGCAAGAAUCAUAUAAAUGUACAUAGCACAUCAGCGCGUUCUAACAACAAUAACAUCAACAAUCAUAGUAUUUCUCAGCAAAACACAAAUGUAACAAGAUCUUUGGGGUCUCAAACCACUACCGAGUUAUUUGGAGCCAGUACUAAUAAUUCAAAUGAGAUCGGUGGAUUUGAUCCAAACUUAACUUCAGGCAUAUAA